AUGUACACGUCACGGAGGACAACAAAACUCUUCGUCAUCAGACAUGUUGACGAAAAAGUAGAUCCCGAGAAUAACCGGACGGUCUUCAAGCAACUCAGACCGAUCCUCUGGUCCCUCAAACUGCUGGGGUUUUACUCGGAUCUCCACGAGGACGCCGAGCGGCCUGUCAGGCCCUGGUACCAUGACGUGUCCACGUGGACAUGCGUCACACUGGGGCUUCUACACGCGUACGCACUGGCGUCGCUCACCGCCUGCAUCGAAGGUGACUUCUGGGCCACAGCCUACAACUUCUUCAGGGCCGGAAGCGCGGUGGUGUCCAGUCAGGCUGUCAUCAGCAAAGGACCGCAAGCCUGCGCUCUGAUACAUCGACUGGGAACGUUUCCGUCGCGACCGGGGCACAACCUCAAAAAGACGUGCACAGUCAUGGUGCUCGUCGUUCUAGGUUACGUGAUCCUCCGAAUCGCCGUUCACAGCAUGGUGCUGCUGGACUACAACGCACACGAUCUGUCGAAGCACGCGAAAAUCGCCUGGUUCGGCAUCGAGUCUCAACUCCCGGCCAGCGUGCUGCUUCCUCUCUGCCUGGUGGACGUCGUCCUGAACAGCAUCCUGGUCACCGGCAGCCUCCUCCUCUCGGUCGCUCUCUACCUGGCCCUUACGGUAGCCCUGAGACACCGGUACGAGGCAUUCAACGACGCCAUCAACCGCCACGUACGCGACAAUGUCGUGCGUCAAGAAGAGACCCAGGACCAGUCCUGGACGGUAUGGUCUUGUCAUUGA